UUUAACUCAUACCAAUUUCGACACGAAAAUACACAAAAGUCCAAGAUUUGAUCCAUGAUGAGCGACAAGCUGGUGUACGAUGUGACCGACCCGACCGUUCUGGAGCUGCGUGCCUCGGCGUUCAUGCAGAACGGGCCGGUGAAGCAGGUGCGCAGCCUGGAGGAUCUGGACCGCUGGGUGCGGUCGCAGGCCUACCACGACGCCGUCGCCUACAUCAGCAACACCAGCCGGGCCAUCCAGGGACAUCGGCUGAGCCGCGACUUUCCGGUGUCCGAGCAGAUGCGCCGCCUCUGCGAGAUCUUCGACGGGCUGGAGCACCUCCUGGUCGAGCAUACGCCGAGGGCCGAGGAGUCCAGCACCGAGGUGCCGACGGGGCAGGUGAAGAGCCAGUUCUACCGCAUCUGGAUGCGGGACAUGUUCCAGCACGUGUUCAGCAAACUGAACGAGGCCAUCAGGGCGAACUGCAAGCACAUCAACGAGCUGGGCCAGUACCUGAGGCGAUCCUUCGGGAACGUGACCAGCCUGGACUUCGGUCCCGCCAACGAGCUGAUGUUCCUCUUCUUCCUCUGCGGCCUUUUCCGGGCCGGCAUCCUGCUGGCCAAGGACACGGUGGCCGCGGCCCUGCUGCUCUUCGAUCGCUACAUACACCUAGUGCGCCGCCUGGUCGCGACCUAUGCCCUUCCGAUUGCCAAGGACCCGAUGUGCUCCAUCGACGACUACUACUUCCUGCCCUACCUCUGGGGCGCUGCCCAGCUGUCCCUGGAGGCGCCCUUCACCCCGAUGCAGUGCGACCUGGCCAGGGUGGUGGAGGGCCACCGGCAGGACUACAUGAUGGUGGACCUGAUCGAGCAUCUGCAGAAGACGCGCGGCGGCCAGCUCAGCCAGGUGGCCUUCCAGCUGUGGAGCAUCCUCUCGAUGCCCACCUGGCCGCAGGUGUACAGGGGAUUCGAGCGGAACUACAUCGACCAGGUGCUCUGCUCCACGCAGACCGUGCAGCAGGCCAUCUUCUGCGAGCUGAUGUCCUUCGAGUCCGUGCUGGUGCCCACCCAGCUGGAGCGCGCCUACCUGGGCUCCCAGUAUCUGGACCGGCAGAGGGAGAACAACGAGGAGCAGGGGGCACAGGGGCAGGCAAGCUUAUUCGAGGCAUCACCGCCCGUGAGCAGGUACGUGAGCCUGGAGCCGGAUUCCUUUCUCGGAUUCCAGGAGCCCGGAUCCGAGGAGAAGUCGGACGACAGCGAGGGCAAUCGCCUCUGGAUGCUGCGGCAGAUGGUGGAGGAGAACGAUCCUAACUCUGCGCAGUUCUUUCCUAGUUCACAUGGCCAAAACGAAUCUAUCACAUCGUUUGCAAAUGAAGGUUCCUAAAAUGUCACUCCAAUAAUAUAAAAUGACUUGUAGGAUGGAAAA